AUGGAGAGCGACAACACAUCUCCGGCCUCUUCCGCCUCCAUGGAGCUGAGCGAUUCAUACCAUGAUAGCGAAGCGGGAGCAGUCGUGGUGCCUGGUCAGCGAGUCGGGCACGCAGAGGAUUACGCUGCGGGAGAGGGCACCUACGUGCGGGGCUCACACAUUUAUGCAUCCGUGCUGGGGCGCCGCCGUCUGCUCUCUCCCGCCGAGGCCCAGCGAUGGCGGGAAGGCCUCAACGUCGGCGAAGAGGCCUCGCCAGUGAACGGAGGAGAAGAUGCUGGCAAGAGUGUGGUGGUCGUGGAGAAGGCAGGAGGCCGAGGGCUUGGAGGCGGAGGAGGAUGGGUGCCAAGAGCAGGCGAUGUGGUGACGGGGGUCGUUGUUCGUGUAACGCCUCGCGUGGCCGCCGUGAACAUAGCGUGCGUGGGGCGAAGGGCGCUGCCGGAGACCUUCAGCGGCAUCGUGCGGAGCCAGGACGUGCGGGCGACAGCAACAGAGCAGGUGGAGCUCUACAAGGCCUUCCGCCCGGGCGACGUGGUGCGGGCCGAGGUCCUCUCGCUGGGCGACGCCAGGUCCUACUUCCUCUCCACAGGACGGAAUGACCUGGGCGUCGUGUCCGCCACCCACUCCGUGUCAGGCGCUGCCAUGGUGCCCCUUUCCUGGAACAUGAUGAUGUGCCCCAAGACCAACAUGACAGAACCACGCAAAGUAGCCAAGCUGGCACCAUAA